AUGUACUGUAAAAUUUGUGAGCUUGAAAUUGCACGACAUCUCAAGAAGAAACACAUACAGAGUCACAUAGAUGGACAAAAGGUAAAGUGCGACGACUGCGAGAAGAACUUUAGAGGAAAUAGUAUUCUGGUUUCUGACACUAUAAAAUUAAAGAGUCAUGUUUCCACUUUGACAAAACCUAUACCGGAAAAACUUGUAAUCAAUGAAAUGAUGGCAAGGCUUAUAUUGGCAAAGUUUUUCUUGGAAAACCAUAAAAGAGAACAACAUGGCGAUGAAAAUUGGCAUGCUUUCAAUGUUAAAAGUUAUUUGUUUAUAAGUCGAACCUGUCGCGUCAUUAACCAAAUCAUUGUAAUGGUAGAAAAAGGAAAGCGUACGGUGGUACAAUUUCGCCAUAGUAUCCCUGUAAAAAAACUUGGCUUAGAUUUUAAAUCGUUAGUGAUAAUCAAAUAUUUGCCAAGACGUUGGAGAGAAGGAUACGUUAUAACUGAUUUGAAGCUCUUUAAGAAAGUCUUUAACAAAAUUGCAGCAAAUAUGUCAUUAUCAUCAUUUCUUUCAAAGUUCAGGAGUUUACAGUUAAAAAAAACACCUGAAGAGGAGUACACGCUUGAAGAUAUUUCUUCGGAUUCAUGCGAGAUUAAAAGUUCGAAUGCAGCAAGAGAGAUUGAAAUUUGUUGUAAACAUCUAGUUUGCUGUAAUUUUCGUGGUCAAACCAACUUAGAUGACAAGGAGUCCACAGAUCAUUGUCAAAUCAAAACAAAAUUAAACUUGGGCUUUUAUCUGAAGCUACUGGACCGAGUAAUACGAGAAACUGAACCGGUAAAUUUUACUGGUGACGAUGAGGAAUACAUACAAUUAAUCAAUAUGGUAGCUGUAAGAAGAAAAAGGAAAGGAGAAACGACAAAAGAAUGCUUUGAACGAUUGCAGCGCGAGAAUAAACGUUUUGUCAAAAUUUAUCGUGCAAGAGGAAAAAAAUCAGAAAAAAUGAAUACUAAACAAUACUGGGGAACACGCCAACAGUUACUUGCUGGAAAGGUAAUUGCUGACUGGGUGGAUGUUGAAGGGGGACCAUUAGACCCAAUUUUUGGUGUUCUUCUACAACCAAACGCAGGUCGCGUUGGACCAGGAGAUACAGGACUCAUACAUAAAGCCCUUUUUGAUCAAACAGGACAUAUGGCUUACCACUCUGCUGCUCAUGAUGGAUUUGGAUAUCUCUAUAUAUCGCAUGGUGUGGGGCCCGGAUAUGAUUAUUUAGACCGAGAAGUAUUAGACAAUGGUAAUUGUAUGGCAGGCCAAUUUACAGGAAUCGAAUUUUGGGUAAAAGUGUUAAAGGAACGCGAUGUUACAAUUAAUUUACCUGGUCUCGAAAAUGCAGCAAAAAUUAUGAAAUUAUAACUGGCAAUUUGCAUGUUGCUAUUUUUAUGUGUCGUUUACAUAACAUCCCCGCAAUAACUUUGGAAAUACGUAUUUCUAUGUCCUGUAAACAUCAGAUCUUGCGUUACUAAAAUGGAGAAUAUUGUUUGGUUACGUUUGAAAACAUAGUGAAGUUCAAUAGUUGUUUGUUUUGGUUACCUAGGACAGAUAUCUAUCUAAUGUAAUCCUUAUCUGAAAUUUGUUGGACCUUUUGAUUCCAAUAUUUUGUCUGUGUGUUCAAAAGAGUUGCGCCGCAGCUUUAUUUCCGACCCGCGCCACAUGUUUUUCCCGAACAAUUUUUUAACCCGCCCCGGAUAAAUAUUUACAUAAACAAUCCAGUGUUUUCCGGGACUUCUUGCCUCGAUUCAAUUACCGAAUCAUCAGUCUUAAAUAUGUGUAUAAACGAAUCAAAAGCACUGCUUUUUUCGCGAUAAUUGUUAGUUUGGUAGCUCAGACUUUUA